GUUGGUUCUCCUGCCAUGCCAUCGUGUCGUUCUUUCGGCACUGGUGGCAUCCGGCUGCCAGGGGACCAAGUUAAUCUCCAGCACUCUAUUGCAGGGCAGUUCAUGGCGCCUCACUUCGGCCCGCUCCCCUGGGAGGCCGCUCCCCUCCGCCGCUCUCCACUCUCAGAAGCUCCGCCCCCCGGCCGGGGGCCGGAAGCCGCUGCCGGGUGCCCUGUGAACCGGGAAGGGCUCGGUUUGAAUGAGAUCCGGCUGAUUCACCGCGGCCCGGGAGGCUCCGGCCCAGCUGUCAGCCCUGGGAGUCAACGGUGUCCCCUAUGCCUCAGACAGAAGGAAACAAUCAAAAUACCUGUUGCCAGCUUUGGAAGGAAAGGAGGAAAGAGACCUACUGGUGUCAUCUUUACAGUCAAAAAGUGGGAGCUGCUGCCGAGUUUGUUCUGUGAGCAUCUCUUGCUGAACACCAGAAAUAUGGAUAGACUUCUGCGACUGGGAGGAGGUAUGCCUGGGCUGGGACAGGGGCCACCGACAGAUGCUCCUGCAGUUGACACAGCGGAACAGGUUUAUAUCUCUUCCCUUGCACUGCUGAAAAUGUUGAAGCAUGGUCGUGCUGGUGUCCCUAUGGAAGUUAUGGGUCUGAUGCUUGGGGAAUUUGUUGAUGAUUAUACUGUGAGAGUGAUUGAUGUUUUUGCAAUGCCACAGUCUGGAACGGGUGUCAGUGUGGAGGCAGUUGAUCCUGUAUUUCAGGCAAAAAUGUUGGAUAUGCUGAAACAGACGGGAAGACCUGAGAUGGUAGUUGGUUGGUAUCACAGUCAUCCUGGCUUUGGCUGUUGGUUGUCUGGUGUAGAUAUUAAUACUCAGCAGAGCUUUGAAGCCUUAUCAGAAAGAGCUGUUGCUGUGGUGGUGGAUCCCAUUCAGAGUGUAAAAGGAAAGGUUGUUAUUGAUGCCUUCAGAUUGAUCAAUGCUAAUAUGAUGGUCUUAGGACAUGAACCAAGACAAACAACUUCAAAUCUGGGUCACUUAAACAAGCCAUCUAUCCAGGCACUAAUCCAUGGACUAAACAGACAUUACUAUUCCAUCACCAUCAACUACAGGAAGAAUGAACUAGAACAGAAGAUGCUGCUAAAUUUGCAUAAGAAGAGUUGGAUGGAAGGUUUGACACUUCAGGACUACAGUGAACAUUGCAAACUCAAUGAAACAGUAGUGAAGGAGAUGUUAGAAUUAGCUAAGAAUUAUAACAAGGCUGUUGAAGAAGAAGAUAAGAUGACACCUGAACAGCUGGCAAUAAAAAAUGUUGGCAAGCAGGACCCUAAACGUCAUUUAGAAGAGCAUGUGGAUGUGCUGAUGACCUCAAACAUUGUCCAGUGUUUAGCUGCUAUGUUGGAUACAGUUGUAUUUAAAUAACUGAUCUACCAUUUGUGACACUUUCUGUGUAUAUUUGUUUAUUGUUUCUAAUACUCAUAAAACAGAGACUGUUGAGGCUCUAUUUGAUUAAACGGAGACAUCUGACUUCAUUUGCAAUGUAAGUGCAGCACUAUAACACCUCUCAGUCUCUAAUUGUGCAUUUGCUUCAGUUUCUUUAUGCCAGGGUCCUCACAGAUUCCAAAGCAUUCAAGAACACCAUGUGGGAAAAAA